UACAUUUCAAAACAGCGAAGAAGAAGAAGAUCAGCUGACUUAAGCUAGUAGUAGCUGUAGAAAUAAAUACUGGGACGAAUGAAUUGAAUAACUGUGAAGUGUAAGCUCAACAGUCUGUGAUAUUUCAGAUACAUCUCUGCACAUGAAGUAAAUCUAUAUCAGAAUGAAAGGUUUGUACUGCCGAGCUAGUGCGAGUGAUGCUGAGCCCGAGUUCGUGAUUCAGGACACGAAGCUUCCGGAGGCCUUAGGCAGCCAUCAGGUGCGAGUUCAGGUAAAAGCAUGUGGACUCAGCCCUCUGGAUCUCAAGCUUCUUGGAGACAUGGGGAUGCUCAGAGAUUUAAUUCCUGUUGGCAGAGAGAUAGCUGGGGUCGUUCUGCAAGUGGGCGACAAGGUCUCUUUCUUCCAGACUGAUGAUGAGGUCAUAGGGAUUCUGCCUCUAGACUCUCCCUGCUCUGGACUCUGUGAUACCAUUGACAUCGAUGAACACUUAUUAGUCCAGAAACCAGAGAAGCUCAGCUCGGUGUGUGUAGCGGGAGGGCUGCGUGACGGCCUCUGUGCUUACACUGCUCUACACACGCAUGCUCACAUGGCAGCCGGACACACACUCCUGGUCAUGGAUGGAGCGAGUUCUUUUGGCCUCAUGUGCGUCCAGCUGGCUUCUUACCACGGAGUGAAGGUUCUGACAACAUCACACACACCACAAACACACACAUUCCUGGAGCAGCUUCGGCCAAGCGUAGGUGUUCAGGACCCUUUGGUCGCUAAAGUGAUUCCAGUGUAUAAGGACUCAUCAGACCUGCUGUCAGUGGUUUUGGAGGAGACAGGAGGACUGGGAGUGGAUAUAAUCAUAGAUUCAGGAGUGCGUCUCCAAGAGGAGUCUUCGGAGGGGAUGAAGCUCCUCCCACACAAGCAUGACAUCAUCAGUGUGCUGGGAGUCGGGGGGCACUGGGUCACGUCCCACAAAGACCUGCAGUUGGAUCCUCCAGAUUGCAGACUGCUGCACUUAAAAUCGGCCUCUGUGACUUUCCUCAACUCUGAAGUCUGGACGAUGUCAUCAGCUCAGCAAGGGAGAUACCUCCAUAUUCUGAAGGACAUUGUGGAGAAGAUGUCAACUGGAGUACUCAGACCUCAGCCUGAGGAGGCGGUUCCUCUCUAUGAAGCCACAGUUGCCAUGGAGACCGUUCAGCGUCAGCAGAAGAAAAAAGGCUGUUGUCCAACUCUGACCAAAAAAAAAAAAACCCCAGAUAUAUAUAGACAAAGUGGAGAACACAAAAUGUCCAUGUUUCUACUCAUCGAUCGUUUAAAGAGACCUGAAAACUUUUCAGCAUGUAUCACAUGGAGCUCAGACCGACACCAUCAUCAACCUGCAGCCUUCAUGGGUUAACACUGACAAAUACACGUCUGCGUUAACAGUAAUGAUCAGAGUCUUAGUCCUAUUUGACCGGCUUCACUUCAUGUUUCAUGUAUGUAAAUCUUUGUUAAAACUGUAAAAAAAAAAAAAAAAAAACGUCCUUCAUAUGAGGAAAUGUUGACCAGAUUCUGACACAGGUUUGAAAUGAUAGACCUAACGUGGGAUUCUUUUUAAAGGACAGGACAAAGGUUUCAUACACCAAGUCUACAACCCAUAUCAAGGCCUCCUUUGUGUCAAUAAAGACACAUUUUUAUAACAUCACCCAGUGGCGAUUCUAGAGUCUGUUUGGGCCCUUGGCAUAAACUAAAUUGUGGGACCCUCCAACCACCAUUAUGUCUGCCAGUGUUUGGAUCCUCUUUUUUUUUUUUUGUUCACUCCCAGACAGAUAAUUCCUCCUUAAUUUCCUUCAGUGGUUUAAUUGUAAUGAAGGAGUAAUAAAUGAGAUGCUAAGCAGGGCAAUGAGACAGUACUGUUGUGGUUUUAAGUUUUUUUUCAACCUUGGGGGUGGGGGGCAAACAGUUGCCUGCCUUGCCUGUUGACAAGCAGCACCUCUGACAUCAUUCCCAUUAUAAUAUUGGCAAAAACAGCAACGUUUGCUGUGGUAAUCAUUACACAUCUUGAUGGAUGUCUAAUGUCUCAUUCUAAAUUGUGAUAACCAAAAAUGACACUGUAACUUUUCUAAAAGGUUGUUAUUGUCCUUUUUAAUAACUAGAAUGUUUAAAAGCAUCUCUCAACAUGAGAGGUAAGACAAAGUACAGUUUUAUAGUUAUUACAUUGUGAUGAACAAUAAAUGUCUAAAAUGCUAAUGUAAAGCACACAGAAAGGUGAGUGUUAUCUGUAGAGUGUUAUCAACAGAGAAGACAAAUAAUUAAUUGAAAAGCAAUUAUGAAACGAAAAUGCGUGGAGACCAUUAACCCUUUCUAAUGUUCAAUAUCCUUUCAAUAAAGAAAACUGAAUCAA